UAUCUCCACUUUGCCGUUGCAGUGUGCAUGAGAAGCGGUUGUCAAAGCCUGCAAGGACUUGAGCUGCCCGUGGCACGUGAGGGAAGGCUGUGCAAAGUCAGGCAGGGCAAACAGCUGGCCCGCUUUCCUUGUGGGAGCAGGAAUGAGGAAGUUAAAUGUAAAGUUUUCACUGAAGCGAAAGCAGAAUCCUUCUCAUGAAACAGGUUGUAAGGAUUAUUCUUCUACCAGUAUUGAAUGUUUCAACGGACACCGUUUAAGAUCAAUGAGAAAAAGCAUGCUGCGGUGUUCGGUCUCCAGCUUUGAAGAAAGUAUGGCGAUACUGAGGGGAACUGUCAACAGAAGACGCUUUUCAAGGCAGUUGAGAAAGCCGAAAUUGGAACAAAAAAAAAGAAUAUAACACAGGCAAGUGGCUGUAACUCCCCGGGAUACCGAUUUAUGCUGGUUACUGAAGAGGAUGGCACUUGGUCACUCCAUCGCUUUCAUUUGGCCCCAAAGCCUUCUGUAGUCAGCUGAAUUCACUCAUCAGUGACUUUUCUGUGAAGAGAGUCACCAGAACAUUGAGGAGUAGAGCUGGUGCAAAAACUAUGAGACGAGUCCAAGGAGAAAACAGGGACUUGGAGCUGCGCCGCAGCUGUAGAGUCCGACGCAGUCGGUACUCUACUACUAACUCGUCCAUUCUAUUUGACAAACUUAUAACAAAUACUGCGGAAGUUGUGCUACAAAAAAUGGAUGAAAUGGAGCAGAUGCGUAGAUGCCAAAGAUGUUGGGAAGAUGUUGAGGAGAACCUUGAUAUCUUCACCUGAGUGAAGUCAGACUUUGAAAGAACUGGACCUGGCAGUCCAGAUGAGAUUGUACAAACAUCAAGAGGAAGUGAGAACAAAGAAAAUGACGGUGAAGAUGUUCCAAGGCGUUACAACCUUCGACGGAGGAAACCUGUUGACCGCUACCAAGCUCCUAUGGAAAGUAGUAAGACAAAGAGAUCGAGAGAGGACUAACUCGGGCCAGCCCUGUUCUGUCAGACAGAAAGAGUCACUUGAAAAUGCUGGGUCACAAAAAUGUAGAAGACGUGCCAGACAGAGACAUGCAGAUGACAUCAGUGAUUCUACACCCUCUUGCUCAUCUCCCUUGCUUAGCACAUGUGAUACGGAGGAGAGUGGUGAGAGCAGUGAGGACAGCGAGAGCACAUCUCCAAGAAGGACUUUUCGAGUGAAACUUCAGAAACAGGACCUAAAGAGAGUUCAGAGGGAUCAAAAGAAAGUUGGAGGAAGUCAGGGAGAUGCAAUGCAAAUAGAUAGUGCGAUUGGAUUUGAGAACGUGGGUGGUCUUUCCGAACACAUCGCAGCUUUGAAAGAGAUGGUGAUUUUUCCCCUCCUGUAUCCAGAAGUUUUUCAGCGGUUCAAUAUUCAGUCCCCCAGAGGCUGUCUAUUUUAUGGCCCCCCAGGAACAGGGAAAACACUAGUUGCUCGUGCACUUGCCAGUGAAUAUAGCCGAAGUGACAGAAAAAUAACAUUUUUUAUGAGAAGUGCUUCGGACUGCAUGAGAAAAUACGUGGGGGAAUCAGAACGCCAACUUCGUGUGUUAUUUGAACAGGCCUAUCAGAUGCGACCUUCAAUUAUUUUCUUUGACGAGAUAGAUGGUCUCGCUCCUGUGCGCUCUAGUAAACAAGACCACAUUCAUAGUUCCAUUGUUUCAACUCUUCUGACGCUUCUGGACGGCAUAGUUAACAGAGGGGAGAUCGUGGUAAUCGGAGCUACCAACAGACUGGAUUCUAUAGAUCCUGCUUUACGAAGACCAGGACGCUUUGACAGAGAGUUCCUCUUCAACUUGCCAAAUAAAGAGGCUAGAAAAGAAAUUUUCAAGAUUCAUACUCGUGACUGGACCCCUAAGCCACCGGACAUGUUGCUUGAUGAACUAGCUGAGAAAUGCAUUGGAUACUGUGGUGCAGAUAUCAAAUCCCUAUGUACUGAAGCUGCUCUGUGCUCUCUGCGCCGAUGCUAUCCUCAGAUUUAUGCAAGUAGGGAGAAAUUGCAACUAGACGUUAAUUCUAUUAAAAUAAAAGCAAAGGACUUUUUCAUGGCUCCGAAGAAGGUUGUUCCGGCAUCAAACAGGAUCGAGGCUUCACCCGUACAAGCACUAUCACCCAUUUUCAAGCCACUUUUUAAAAGAUCAGUAGCGAAUAUUUUACAAGUUGUGCAGAAGAUCUUCCCGCAGGCACAGCUAGUGCUAAAGGAGGACCGACAGCAAGACCAUUUAAAUCCUAUUUUACAAGAUGGUAUGUUCAACAGUGAUGACGAUGCAUCCUUGGUUUCCGGAGAUGAAUUCAAAGAUGGAAUGCCUGACGGACCGGAGAAAAAACUCCUCUGUUUCAGCAGGAGUGCUUUCUGCGAACCAACAUCACGCCGGCCCCGUCUGCUAAUAGUAGGAAAAGAAGGGUACGGCCAGGUUUCUUACGUGGCACCCGUGGUGUUGCACGCUUUGGAGAAGUUUCCCGUUCACACCCUGGACCUUUCUGUUCUGCUUACAAACAUUGCACCGCCAGAAGAAAUCUGCGGACAGCUGAUCCGAAAUGCUCAGAAGACAGCACCAAGCAUAAGUUAUGUCCCAGAUAUCCAUUUAUGGUGGGACAACGCUGGACCUGCCUUGAAACUUACUUUUCUAACUCUACUACGUAACAUUCCAGCAUUUUCGCCAGUUUUGCUGCUUGCUACGUCUGAUGUACGUCACUCAGAUCUCCCAGAAGAGAUCCAAAAAUUAUUUAAUAAGGAAUUUGGAGAAGUGUGCAAUAUUGAGGUGCCUGGUAGGGCAGAGAGAGCAGCUUUUUUUGAGGACCUAAUUCUAAAUCAAGUGGCUAAGCCUCCUGUAAAGAAAACGGUUGAUCGGACAUUGGAAGUCCUGCCUGUAGCACCACCAGCUGAGCCUCAGAAGCCACAAGAGGAAGAAGUAGGGAUGCUGGAGGAGGAAGAGGAGGAUACCUUGCGUGAACUUAGAAUUUUCUUGAGGGACAUUACUCACAGACUUGCCACUGACAGACGUUUCAGGGAAUUUGCAAAGCCCGUUGACCCACAGAAGGUACCUGACUAUGCCACAAGGAUUAAAGAGCCGAUGGAUCUUUUAACAGUUCUGACUCAAAUUGACUCGCACCAGUACCUCACUGCAGGAGACUAUCUGAAGGACAUCGAUCUAAUCUGUAACAAUGCCUUAGAGUACUACCCGGAUCAAAGAUCUACAGAUCGUCACAGAGCCUAUGUUUUGCAAGACACUGCAUAUUCAAUGGUGAGGAACGAAAUGGAUACAGAGUUUGGACGACUUUGUGAACAAAUUAAAGAAUCUCGUGAGAAAAGAGGUCGCACCUCUCCAGCGUGGUCUCCAUGGGACGACUCCAAGUCACCACAGCAGAACCCUGCUACUGAAGACGACAAACCAGAGGAAGAGAGUAAUGAAAAUGAGGAGAUGACAGCGGCACCUGUAGAUGCCAGUACACCCAUUUCUAAUGGUGCGUCAGAAAGAAAGCGCAGAAGGAACAACUGUGCGCGUGCUGCAGCAAAGAGGAGUUCUCAAUUCGAUACAGAGAACAGAGUACCAACAGAUGACCAAAACAAUAGUGAUGGAGAAGAGUUUGUGGACAAACAUGUUUCUGACAUAUGUCAAGUUAAACUUAACACUGAAAAGGAAAGUGCUAAGCUUUGUGGAUAUUCAACACCAAGAUGGGGAACUAUAACUAAUGGAAAUCCAAGUUCAAAUGAUUCCUGGGCAUUUCAAGCAGUGACUCCUGAACAUUCUUGGGAAGAAGACCAGCAACAGAUAAGUGAUGAGAACCCUGUACAAGUUCCUACAGAGACAGACUACAUAGUUAUCGUGGAUCGCUAUGAGCUCAAAAAACUGUUAUGCUUUGUCACUGAGAUAACGAAGGGAUUUGACGUUUAUCACCUGGAAAAAGUAUAUGGCGUCAUUAAUCAGUGUAUUUACAACCAGAGAGAAGACUAUGACAAAACCGAUUUGGUGAAGGUAAUUUUUGUUUUGAAUUCUAGCACUUUCUGUCACUGUUACGCAGUAUUUGUGUGUUCUGGGAUAUCGUGGUUGUUUAGCAUUGCUCUUUACUGCUUAGGUGUCUGUGCACAGACAACAACAACAGUACGACUUCUCCCUUUCAGUCUGGAAGACGUUUAUCCAUCUUGCAAAACCAUUGUUGUAUUUGGCAUAAUUGUUGGCAGUUUCUGCAGGAAAAAGCUUGAACUUGAAGACAACGGGUCCACCCACACAGCCCUUUCAAAGCAGUUAACUUUAGUCUGUCAGUAGUUUUCCUUGAGAACCAUUUUGGGAGUGGGAGGACUACGAAGGGAAGGUGCUUUUCUAAGUCUUUCACUCUCUCUCUCUCCCUCUACAGCCAGUCAUGCACGGUGAUAGCAGUUGUUCAUCCCUGGAGAGAAAUUUAAGUAUAUAACAAGAGUUUGAGACUUCUCUCUAGUCACACUCUAAUCUCUUUUUAACUAAUGCGCUUGAGCAUCUGUAACUGGGGAGAUUUCUGCCUGUGCCAGUUUUACACUGAGUCAAAUUCUCUGGUCUCUUCCUGUAAAAGAUGAUUUCUGAGUUGUCCGAAUUCCUCCGAAAUCUGCGUGAGGCGUCCAUGGUCCAAGUCAGGUGUUCCCGGUAUACGCUGGAUAUUCACUCUUCACAUUGAAGAUCCUUGAACCCAUUUAUCUUAGAGUUGCUUGUGCUUGAGAACAGAUAAAAUGUGUUGUGCUGAUCAGUCUGCCUUAAAAAGAGAGUGCCUCUUUUUUUUAGGCACUGGUCAUCUCGAUCUCUUUUUCCACAUCCGAUAAAGAGUUAGAACGGACACUCUGUUCUGCCUGUGAGAGGAGUAUUUAGAUUCAGGGAGGCCGCUCCUGAAAAAAAAAAA